CCACCAUCCACGGUUGCGUCCUCCACACUCGACCGUGGACCCCACCGCCAAAUUCCAGUGACAGCGAGUUCUUCCGCCAUUGGCACGUUCGCUUUUGGUUCUUUCCCAAUGAAUGCUCUUUACUCUUUCUCCCCUCUCGCCCUUCACAAGAGACUCUCUCUCUCCCUUUCUGUGCAAGCGUUCGAGCUUUUCUCGAAAUGAAGCUACACCAGAGCAAUUCGGCCGCGGAGAUCAUCGCGAGCAACGAGGAUCUCGUCUCCGAGAUUCUCCUGCUCGUGCCCGCCAAGUCCCUCGUCCGGUUCAAGUGCGUCUCGAAGGGGUGGCUCUCGAUUAUCUCCGGCCCCCACUUCUCUCGCCGCCACGCUCGCCUCCACGCCAGCUCCAGAGUCUCCGGCGUCUUCCUCCGCAGGACCCCCUCCGAGCACCAAUUCCUGCCGCUGGGCGCCGAUUCCCGUUCUGGGUGUCCGUUCAAGUGCCUCGAUUUCGUCCCCGACCCUGCGGGUCUGAAGAUCUUGCAGUCUUGCAAUGGGUUGCUCUUGUGCUGUAGCUUCCGCAAGAUCGGGUGUCAGCGUAAUUACUACGUCUUUAAUCCGACGACGAGGCAGUUCGUGAUGCUUCCCCAUUUGGGGGGUGCUUCCUCAUGUGCUACUACUGUUUAUGGAGUAAGUUUGGCCCUUGACCCUUCGAAAUCAUCUCACUAUGAUGUUGUUUGCGUUAGAAGCACGGUCGAAUCCGCGUACUUUUAUCAAAUUGAGAUUUACUCGUCUCGAGACCGUGACUGGAGGCUUUCUGGGUCUCCUUUUGUCGCUCCUUUUGAUAUGGUGUUCGACAAUGGCGUCUUUUGGAAUGGUGUGGUUCAUUGGAUUAGCCCAACAGGGGCUUCCCUGUGCUUUGAUGUCAAGAAAGAGCGGUUUCGGACGAUGCCUAGACUUCCCAUUUCGGAGAAUCAGGGGAGUAGGAGGUUCAGGUAUUUUGGGGAGUCUCGUGGGCACAUGCAUUUUUUUGAGAUAUAUGGGUCACGGACCGCUCAAUUUAAGAUUUUUGAGUUGGAAAAGGAUUAUUCUGGGUGGUUUGUUAAAUAUCAUGUGGAACUUGAUUCUAUGGUGAGUGCUUUCCCGGAGAUGGUGCGCGAUUACAUGGAUCCGGGCUAUAUGAAUUAUUAUGCGUUUGUUAUGCUUCAUCUGGUCAGAGAAGGAAGCAAUGAGGAGUCAUCGCUGUUGGUUCAUUUGCCAGGUAAAAUCCUGACAUUUAAUGUUGGUGACAAGACUUUCAGGAAGCUUUACGAGAUACCAGCUGAUCAAUCUAAAGGGUAUGGCUCGUUACAAUAUGGGUGGCUUGAUGCUUAUGAAUUUAUCGAGACAUUAGCUCCUGUUUGAUGCAGAUCGCUUUCCUUGUUGAUAUUUCCGAUCUUGUAAAGCUGCAAGUUUCUUUCAGUUUCCCGUGUUUGACAUGAUGUAAUAUAUGUGGCUUGAAGCCUGUUAUUGCCUCCGGUGAUGAUGGUUUUUUCUUCUCUCCCGUUGAUGGCCAUGAUGUAUGUAAUGCAAUGUUUUUAAUUUGUGAAAAUGAGAUAUGUGUAGGAUAACCCAUUUGGAAGGAUUUUUCUAUGUAUAUCAUCUUCAAUCUAUGGAUAAAUCCUAAUUCCUA